AUGGUGAUUUCAGGCCUCUUGUCGGCCUUGCUUGAGCGAGACGCUGCCGACCCUACAACUCAUUACAAGAACGAGUCCAACGCCGGCAGCCUACUCGCCCUUCAUGGCACCCUUUGUGGUAUCGCACUCCUCACGGUUAUACUGAGACUCUAUGUCAGGAUAUUCAUGCUCAAAGGCGUGGGCGCCGAUGACUAUGUCAUGGUCGCAGCAGCGGUUUGCUCGGUCGGAGUCAUCAUCUGCUUCUCUGGAGAAGCUGCCGCAGGUAUCCUAGGUCGACAUCCGGCCCUCGCGGCUCCCGCAGAUUACUCCAAAUUCAUGCAUUGGCGGUAUUUCCAUUCACUCAUCGUUAUGUUCGGAAUCAGUCUGGUCAAGAUUUCCAUCGCCUGCUUUCUGCGCCGAUUCGUGCCGACCAAGGGGUACCAACGUUUUCUGAUGGGCUCGAUCGUGUUUCUGGUUGCAUUUACCCUCUCAUGCGCAGGAACUUUGAUCUUCAAUUGCGGCGCCACGGUCUCUGCAAAUUGGAAUUUCGACUUGCGGACCUCGGGGAAAGCCAAGUGUUUCAGCAACAACACUUUCACCAACAUUGGCAUUUUCAACAGCAGUAUCAACAUUGCCACGGACGUUCUCUUUGCGCUUCUUCCUGUGCCGGUCGUUUGGAAAUUGCAGACCAAUCUACGUACCAAGGUCACACUGGUCACCAUUCUAGGCCUCGGUCUCUUUGCCUGCGUUGCAAGUAUCAUCAAGGCAGUCAAGCAAGCUGGGGCGCUGAAGGACCCUGACUGGACCUUCCAUGACUCCUUCUUUAUGUGGAACAAUAUUGAGUUCCAUGUCGGGAUUCUGGCUGCGUCCUUGCCUUCGCUUCGGCCUUUGUUCGUGAAAAUCCUCGGGGCCACCCAGAGAUUGACUUCAAGCGGCAAUCGCAAUCCACAGAACUACGGCGGCUACGAUGCAGAUGGGCUGGCGUACGGCAAGGGGAGAUCGACCGUGCGGAACAGCCGCAAUCCAGCCCGACAGUACUACCAAUUCGGCUCACGCCAUUCAACAGAGUUGGGAGAUCUUGGGCGUGGUGCUAGCGGACGUGCGUUUAGAGAAGAUCCCGACAAGGCCACAGGUGUAAUCAGCACGGUCACGGCGGGAGACGACGACAGCGACAAGGUCAUGCUCGACCAAGAUUUUCACGCCGUCGGACAUGACAAGCAGUGGGCGAAACCUACGGGGACGGGCAUCACGAAGACGACAACAGUCCAAAUCGACCAAUACUAG